UCACCCCGAUUUGUCGGACUGUCGGACCCGAGUCCGCAGUCGGCGCCGGCUUCUCCAUCCUCCCCACAAAACCCGAAAUCCGCACCCCAAAAACCCAAAAAAAAAAAAAACCCCAAAAAUGGACGCCAUAAGAAAGCAAGCUACCAAGCUAAGAGAGCAAGUCGCCAAGCAACAGCAGGCUGUUCUCAAGCAAUUUGGAAAUGGUGGAUAUGCAAGUUUUGAUUAUGUGUUUAGCGAUGAGGCGGAACUUCAGCAGCAUCAGAAACUAGAGAAGCUUUACAUAUCAACCCGCUCAGGAAAGCAUUUUCAAAGAGAUAUUGUUCGCGGUGUGGAAGGUUUUAUAGUCACAGGAUCCAAACAAGUUGAACUUGGCACAAAACUAUCAGAAGAUAGCAAGAAGUACGGUGCCGAGGACAGCUGUACAAAUGUAAGUACGUUAUCAAAAGCUGCACUAACCUUUGGGCGUGCUCGUGCCCAGAUGGAAAAGGAACGUGGGGACUUAUUGAAAGCUCUCAGCACCCAGGUCGCAGAGCCAUUAAGAGCAAUGGUAGUAGGUACCCCAUUGGAGGAUGCUCGCCACCUUGCUCAACGGUAUGACAAAAUGCGUCAAGAAGCUGAAGCUCAGGCUAUUGAAGUUUCAAAACGCCAAAUCAAAGGGAGAGAAGACGCUGGUAAUAUUGAUAACAAUUUGAAGUUGGAAGCAGCUGAAUCAAAGUUGCAAGACUUGAAGUCGAACAUGACAGUGCUUGGUAAAGAAGCCAUAGUAGCAAUGACUGCUGUAGAAGCUCAACAACAAAGAUUAACCUUACAGCGUCUUAUUGCAAUGGUUGAAUUAGAGCGCACUUAUCAUCAGAAAAUCCUUGAAAUGCUUGAUCAGCUUGAAGAAGAGAUGGUAUCAGAGAGGCAGCGAAUUGAAGCCACUCCAAGCCCAGUAAUUGAAGAUCCUGUGCCACCUCCUCCUUCAUAUGAAGACGCCAAUGGCAUAUAUUCUUCCCAAACAGUUAAUGGAUCAGGAGAUUCUGUGGGAUAUUUUCUGGCGGAGGUUGUGCAUGCAUAUCAGGCUGAGUCAGAUGUUGAGUUGGACCUGUCGGUUGGGGACUUUGUUGUUGUAAGAAAGGUGGCGAAUAAUGGCUGGGCCGAAGGAGAAUGCAAAGGUAAAGCUGGAUGGUUUCCUUACGGAUACGUUGAAAGACGGGAUCGUGUACCAGCGACCAAAAUUGCUGAAGUAUUUUAACAUCUUUCUAGACUCGCCAAGAACAGCCGUAGAGCGAAGCUAGUAGUGCGCAGUGCAAACUUUUACCCUUCUGUUAUGACCAGAAAUUUCUGUACAGAAUCAAGUUAGUGUACUUGAACUGUAGUUUCUAAUUUCGACAUUUAAAUCCUCAGUAACACCUUAGUUGUAGAGUGUCGGGUUCUGGGCUUAAUCUUAGGACCUUUUGGAUCCUAUACUUUGUUGUUAUCGUCGAUGAUGAUGAUGAUGAUGAUGAUGAUGAUGAUGUUGUUGUAAAUUGAGAGUCCUUCCUCA